UUGGUAUUUUUAUUUUUUGGUAUAGGAAGAAGACUUUAUUCAAAACAAAGUAUCGUAUUAUCAGUGGGCCUAUCCAUUAAGCUAUUGCUUUCAUCAGUAUUUGUAUGGGACUAUAUCAACUUUACAGAAGGAGUUAAAUACGAUUAUAAAAAAGAUUCAAUUGCAUUUUCAACACUCUUCAACUAUUUAUCAAGUAAAUUACCCACAACCACCACAACAAAAGAACUUAUUCAAAACUAUCUAUCUGAUAGAAUAGAGUAUUUAAAUACCUACCAUUUAUAUAUUAUAAUUUCAUUCUUUAGCAUUUUGGUCUACAUUGUUUUUGUAGUUUAUAAUAUCUAUGGUUUGGAAUACAAGAAAAAUUCAAACAACUCUCAACAACUACCAGAUGCUUUGAAUAAUCUCAGAAACAAACUCAUCGAAUUAUUUUUUAAUGGCAAAAAGAUUGUAAUCGUCGAAAUGAUUGCAUUGGUUUGGAUAUUCAGUAUGGUUUUCAUGAUUUUACAACACUCAUUGGUCGAAUCUUAUAUCAACGAUACAGGGAAAUCAAAAAAAGUUUUAAUUUUAUCUCUUUUAUCAUUAAUAGCACUAGGCUAUUUAUUAUUAAACAUUAGAAAUAGAACAGGCAAUUUAGUAACAGACAACGAAAACGGUAAAGAAAAAUCAACCUCGUCCUCCUCAACCAUAGCCAUCUCUAAAAAAAUUGCAAUUAAUCAAAUGAACAAUACUCUUUCACAAUUUCUAUACUAUACAACUCUAUAUUAUUUCGUAAUUGUAAUCGUAUACUACUCGUUAACAAUAUCAUCAGGUUUUUGGACUGCUUCAACUGUAUUACAAACCACAAAGAAGUCAUCAUCCUAUCCAAUUCCAUUAUCACCAUUCCAUCUCCUCUCGAAUAUUUUACCGGUUAUCGAAACAAUUUAUUCAAUUGCAUAUUUAAUAAAUAUAAUUAAUUUAUUAAGAUUUAAUAACCAAAUUUAUAAUUUAGAUAAAAAA